CUAUGUUUUUUUCUCCUCCUCCCGACUGCGGAAAUAGCUUGGGUAGCGGAGAGAAGGCGACGUAGGACGGACAACCGCCAUGAACGCCCCCGACCGAUACGAGAGAUUCGUCGUCCCUGAAGGAACCAAAAAGGUUUCGUAUGAGAGGGACACGAAGAUUAUCAACGCUGCGUCUUUCACGAUCGAGAGAGAAGACCACACCAUCGGCAACAUUCUCCGCAUGCAACUGCACCGUGACGAAAACGUUCUCUUCGCUGGCUACAAGCUGCCCCAUCCUCUUCAGUACAAAAUUAUAGUCAGAAUACACACGACAAGCCAGUCUUCACCGAUGCAGGCCUACAACCAGGCCAUCAAUGACCUGGACAAGGAGCUGGGUUAUUUGAAGAAUCAGUUUGAGGCGGAGCUGGCCAGGCUCUCGAAUCAGUAUUAAGAACCUAGAUUUCCAAGCUGCAAAGAAAGAGAGGAAGGGGAUUGUUUUCUAGUAACUGAGCCAAAUGCUUGUAAUGCUGGCGAUGUGCUAACCUGAGAACUCUCUCCGUCUAUAAAAAAUCAGAUAAACUUAUUGUAUGGUA